AUGGGAGAUCAACCGUUGGCCAAAGCAGAUAUUGAGGGUAUUUCGGAGGCUUUAACCACGAACCUCACUGCUUUGAGGAAUCAGAUGGCGGCGUUAACGACUCAAUUAACAGCUUUUACCAAUCAAGUUGUUAACGCAGGGCAAAGAGAUAGGGGAAGAGAACCAAUUAGGGUUCAACAGGGCAGAAACAAUCGUGCCGCAGAGCCAGUUAGGGUUCAACAUGGUGGAAACAAUCGUGGUGUUAAUGUUGAAAUCUCUAGUUCUGAUGAUGAAGAUCUUGAGGACGAAGAAGAGGCUGAUCAAGAGAAUCGACAAAACAAUCAUGAUUAUAGAGUAAAGGCUGAUAUUCCAUUGUUCUAUGGAACUAUGGGAGUGGAGGAGUUUCUGGAUUGGCAGAUUGAUGUUGAUAGAUUCUUUGAUGUGAUGGGUGUUCCUGAAAGAAAACAAGUUAAGAUGGUAGCAAUCAGGCUGAAGAAAACUGCAGCUGUAUGGUGGGAUAAACUUGUUGUCCAAAGACAAAGGCAAAGAAAAGGACCAGUCAAGACUUGGCGUAGAAUGAAGCAGUUGAUGCUUGAUCGGUUCUUACCAGAAGACUAUGAGCAGAUUCUCUACAAGAUGUAUCUCGAAUGUGUUCAAGGUAAACGAACAGUGACAGAGUACACAGCUGAGUUUGUGCGUUUCUCUGAACGCAAUGACCUAGGAGAGACAGAUAAUCAAAAGGUGGCUAGAUACAUCAGUGGUUUAAGAAGCUCUAUACAAGAGAGAUUUGGUUUGCAGACCGUAUGGACUGUGCAAGAGGCUUCUAGUUUAGCUUUGAAGGCUGAGCUAAUGGAGAAGUCAACUCGCAGUUUUUCUUCAUUCAAGAGGUUUACACCUCAGAAUAACUACGAGGCAGCAAACGAAAAGGAAAAGAAUGUUUGUUAUCGUUGCCAAGGACAAGGUCACAAAUCAAAUGUUUGUCCAAGCAGAAGAACUGUUGCUUUGCUAGGAGAAGAAGAAGACGAAGAACAAGAGUUUAAUGAGGAUGAUGAAUAUGAAGGGGUUGAAUUUGCUGAAGAGGAGUCACAUGAGAAGAUAAACAUUGUGCUUCAGAGAAUCUUAUUGUCAUCUAAGGACGAAGGACAACGCAAGAAUUUGUUUAGAACACACUGCUCAAUUCAAAACAAAGUGUGUAAUGUGAUUGUGGAUAAUGGAAGCACAGAGAAUUUGGUUUCUCAAAAGCUGGUUGAUUUUCUGAAGUUGCCAACAAAAGAACAUGAGAACCCUUAUCCUCUUGGGUGGAUAAAGAAGGGCUCACAAGUUCGAGUCACAAUGACUUGCAAAGUUCCCAUCUCCAUUGGGAAACACUACAAGGAAGAGGUAAUUUGUGAUGUUCUUGACAUGGAUGUUUGUCAUGUUUUGUUUGGUCGACCUUGGCAAUAUGAUAAAGAUAUCACAUAUCGAGGACGCGAUAAUGUGAUAUUGUUCACUUGGGGAAUACAUAAAAUUGCUAUGGCUCCUGUUUUGGAUUUUGAUAAAAGCGCAGGAAAAAAGAAGACCAAUUUCUUGGUAAUGACACAUAGUGAAAAGGAGCUAGACGAAGCUUUCAAAGAAACUAAAUGUUUAUUCCCUGUGGUAGUUAAAGGGUUAAUGAGUGUGGUGAAUGGGGAAGCAACAACUCCAGAAGAAGUGUUAGAGAUUCUAGAAGAUUUCAAGGAGUUGACUGCAGAUGAAUUGCCAAAUUACCUGCCUCCUAUGCGAGAUAUUCAACAUCAUAUUGACUUGAUUCCAGGUUCUAGCUUACCAAACCUUCCUCACUAUCGUAUGAGUCCGAAGGAGAAUGAGAUUUUAAGGGAACAGAUUGAAGAUUUGCUGAAGAAAGGGUUUAUUCGAGAAAGUAUGAGCCCAUGCGCAGUGCCAGUCCUUCUUGUUCCUAAGAAAGGCAACCAAUGGCGAAUGUGUGUUGAUAGUAGAGCUAUUAACAAGAUAACCAUCAAGUAUCGAUUUCCUAUCCCUCGACUAGAAGAUAUGCUUGAUGAGUUGGCGGGUUCUAAGAUAUUUUCAAAGAUAGAUCUUCGUAGUGGAUAUCAUCAAAUUCGAAUCAGGCCUGGAGAUGAAUGGAAGACAGCUUUUAAGAGCAAAGAUGGAUUGUAUGAAUGGUUGGUGAUGCCUUUUGGUUUGUCAAAUGCUCCUAGCACUUUCAUGAGAUUGAUGAACCAGAUUCUUCGACCAUUCUCUGGUUCUUUUGUGGUUGUUUACUUUGAUGAUAUUUUAAUUUACAGCAAGACCAAAGAAGAGCACUUGGAUCAUUUGAAGCAGGUUUUGCAAGUCUUACAAGAAAACCAGUUGUACGUUAAUCUGAAGAAGUGUACAUUUUGUACCAACAAGCUGGUAUUUCUAGGAUUUGUUGUUGGUGAAGAAGGGAUUCAGGUUGAUGAGGAGAAAGUGAGAGCUAUUAGGGAUUGGCCUGCCCCUAAAUCAGUCACUGAGGUACGUAGCUUUCAUGGUCUAACUACCUUCUAUAGGAGAUUUGUUAGAGAUUUUAGUACCAUUACUGCUCCUAUUACUGAGUGUUUGAAGAAAGGGAAAUUCUUUUGGGGGUCUGAACAAGACAAGAGUUUUGCUUUAAUUAAGGAGAAGCUAUGUACUGCACCAGUCUUAGCAUUGCCUGAUUUUGAUAAAGUGUUCCAAGUUGAAUGUGAUGCUAGUGGAGUUGGAAUAGGUGCUGUCUUAUCUCAAGAGAAAAGACCAGUAGCUUUCUUUAGUGAGAAGUUAAGUGAAGCUCGCCAAAGAUGGAGUACUUAUGAUCAAGAGUUUUAUGCAGUAUUUAGAGCUCUAAGGCAGUGGGAGCAUUACUUGAUUCAGAGAGAGUUUAUCUUGUUCACUGACCACCAAGCUCUGAAGUUCCUUCAUAGUCAGAAAGUGAUAAACAAGAUGCAUGCUCGAUGGGUAAGCUUUCUGCAAAAAUUUCCAUUCAUUAUUCAGCAUAAGUCUGGGACUCUCAAUAAGGUAGCAGAUGCUUUGAGUAGAAGAGCUUCCUUACUCAUUACCUUGGCACAUGAGAUUGUGGGUUUUGAGUUACUAAAGGAGUUGUAUGAAAGUGAUGCUGAAUUCAAAGAAUUGUGGGAUAAGUGCAAUGGUAAGCAUCCUUCUGCAGAUUUCCAUAUUCGAGAUGGCUUUCUUUUCAAAGGAGAUAGGUUGUGCAUCCCUUGCUCAUCGUUAAGAGAGAAGUUGAUUCGAGAUUUACAUGGUGGUGGUCUUAGUGGUCAUUUGGGGAGAGACAAGACUAUUGCUAGCUUGGAGGAAAGGUAUUAUUGGCCGCAUCUAAGGAGAGAUGCUGGUGCUAUUGUCAAAAGGUGUUAUAUCUGCCAGACUUCUAAGGGUCAAUCUCAAAAUACUGGUCUUUAUAUGCCUUUACCUGUUCCUGAUGAUAUUUGGCAAGAUUUGUCUAUGGACUUUGUGUUGGGAUUACCUCGUACACAACGAGGUGUAGACUCUGUAUUUGUGGUUGUAGACAGAUUCUCCAAAAUGACGCAUUUUAUCGCUUGCAAGAAGACUGCAGAUGCAUCCAACAUAGCCAAAUUGUUCUUCAGAGAGGUCGUCCGUCUCCAUGGAGUUCCCAAAACUAUAAUUUCAGAUAGAGAUACCAAGUUUCUCAGUCAUUUUUGGAUUACUCUUUGGCGAAUGUUUGGAACAACAUUGAAGAGGAGUUCCACAGCUCAUCCACAAACUGAUGGGCAAACUGAGGUAACUAACAGAACUUUGGGGAACAUGAUUCGAAGUGUUUGUGGUGACAGGCCCAAACAGUGGGAUUUAGCUUUACCUCAGGUGGAAUUUGCUUACAACAGCGCAAUGCAUUCAGCUACAGGGAAAUCACCUUUCUCUUUGGUCUAUACUUCUGUUCCUAAGCAUGUGGUUGAUUUGGUAAAGUUGCCUAAAUGUCCUGGAGUUAGUGUAUCAGCUGAGACUAUGGCUGAAGAGAUUAUGGCUACUAAGGAAGCUGUCAAGGCUAAGUUAGAGGCUACCGGACAAAAGAACAAAGUUGCUGCAGAUAAACGGAGGAGAGUCAAAGUCUUCAAAGAAGGUGAUGAGGUUAUGGUGUUUCUUCGUAAGGAAAGGUUCCCAGUUGGCACAUAUCGCAAGCUGCAACCUCACAAAUAUGGUCCAUUCAAGGUGUUGCGCAAGAUCAAUGAUAACGCUUAUGUUGUGGAUCUUCCAGAGAAUAUGAACAUUUCUAAUACCUUCAAUGUGGCUGACAUUCAUGAGUACCAUGCAGAUGGAGUUCUUUAUCCAGAAGAAAACUCGAGGUCGAGUUCUUCAGAGGUGGAGGAGACUGAUGUAGGAGAAGUUUAA